AUGGGCAAAAACAAAAAUGCGGAUAAGGCCACAGCCGGCGGAGGGGCCAAGGGGGCCAAGGGCAAGGCCGACAAGGAGGCGGGCUCCGGCAAGAAAAACGGCCUGAAGAUCAAAAUCAGGCAUGUUCUAUGCGAGAAGAAAUCGAGGAUGGACGAGGCCCUAGCGAAGCUUGAGGAGGGAGUCAGCUUUGCUGAGGUUGCUAGGAACUAUUCGGAAGACAAGGCAAAACAGGGAGGGUCGUUGGGUGAGGUGACCAAGGACGCACCGUUUGACCAAAAGUUCAAGGAUUGCGCCUGGGACCUUGAGCCAAGCACGGUUGACAAGCCCAAGUAUAAUUGGGUCAAGACGGACUUUGGGUACCACAUCAUUAUGGUAGAGAAGUAA